GCCGUCUAUAUCGGCGGACUUUCCUGAUGUUCUUUCUUACUGACCAAUUGCUCCUCGACCGGUUCAGUUGUGAGAGAACCGUCAAACCUACCAGUCAUGUGUGCUAGAAUAUCUGCUGGUGUUCUUUUCCUUGUCCUACUACAAGCUCAAAUAUUUUUAUACGCUGUUGCCAGUUUAGACCAUAAAACGAUUGCUGAAUAUACAAGAAGUCGAAGGGAAACGCCAUCCGGCGGAUGUCAGCUGCCAGAACAUCCGCAGAACGGAGUGUAUACCUCACCCCAAUGCCUGUCCGGAGAUGAAACGUCCGAGUGUCGCAACCUGCCCGGGACAACUGUCCCCAACUACUGGAUUCUUAAGUACUCGUGCGGUCCUAACUAUAGUCUUAGCUCUGAAGUGGAGUUUUCUAUCUGCAACAACGGCACUUGGCAGAACCCAUUGCAUUGUCUCCGCAAUUCUAUCAGCACUACGAAAUGUGGCUUAUCAACUAGUCCAUCUACGUUGAUUCCUUUAAUUGUGAAUGGCUCGACAACUCACCAAGGAGAGUACCCCUGGGUGGCCGGGCUGUACAAAAAGAGAGACGAGAAGUGGGAACUGUUGUGUGCUGGGACUCUCAUCUCUCCACAUAUUGUGGUUACAGCUGCUCAUUGUGUUGUGGAUGAAAUCAGUAAUAAUGGUGUUAUUGCACCGGACAACAUCAAGAUUGGGCUGGGGAAAUACUAUAGAGAUUUCGACAAAGAGGAAGCUUCUUCUGUGAUCUCUGACGUGCGAGAGAUCGUGGUGCCUCAACACUUCAUAGGGAGGGCCGCAUACUAUGCUCUGGACAUCGCCAUUCUCGACCUGAAAAAGAGAGUUCCUGUCACGGCCUUUGUUAUGCCCGCUUGUGUACACUGGAAUUCACUGAAUGCAAAUUUCUUCGGAUCCACUGGAAAUGUUGCUGGCUGGGGUGUUACGGAAAAUGAAACAAUAAGUGAUGUACUCUUAUCUGCUGAACUGACCCCAACUGAGUUUUCAGCCUGUAUAAAUCAACUACGACCUGCCUUCCGAAGAUUACUGACACACGACAAGUUUUGUGCUGCCAGUAAAGAUGGUGGACAGAUAAACAGGCUGGACAGCGGAGUGGGAUUGACAUACCUGGAAAAUGGACAACACUUUUUGGCAGGGCUUGCAAGCACUAAAAUAGUUGGAGAAGCAGUUCAAUCAUUAUUUACUAAUAUCCAAAACCAAGAAGUACAUGCUUGGCUGGAGGAACAAAAAACUCGCUUGGAACGACUGCACAAAGAAGAUGAGAUUUAAAUGUUUUAUUUGUAUUAUACAAUAUUUUUGUAUUAUAAAAUACACUUAUUAAGUAUUUUUAUAUCCAUUCUCUAAGUUUUUUUUCUAUGAACUGCUACAAAGUGGUGUUAACAACGACUAACCGUUUUACCUGCUUUACUAUGUGUCUUUAAACACCUAAUUGGAGCUGAUAACGGACGUGCUCAGUACUGUUCUUUCUACUUGACUGGCGGAAAAUGGCAAUGUUUCUGUUGUAUUCUAUGCACAUGUUUUUUCUUUAGCUUCGUAUGUUUUGUAUAUAAAAAAAAUAUCUCGUAACAAAAAAAACCUCUUAAGGCUGUUUAUUAUAGAUUGUUUAAUACACUGUACAUUUACAUCAAGGAAAAUAGAAAUUUUUUCAAAAUGAC